UUGCCUCUAUCGCUUUUCCUUAAGAGAAGAUCAACCACAAGGAGAAAGAACAACGAUUCAGACUGUACCACAGACCCAGGACCACCAGCUCCUGUGACAACUGCUCCACUGUAUGAGAACACCCAACUACCACCACCACCUCCCUCAGUCACUGAUGGUGGAGACAUGUAUGAACAUGUGGAGCUGAGGCCUAUCACUGAACAAGAUAAGGAGAUUGCAGUGGCUCCUAAUGCUGCAUAUGGAACUGUUCGUAGAUAAAUACCACAAACGAAAUAAGUGAAAC